GGCAUUUGUUUCUCCCCGCCAUCUCUUCCAUCCAAAAUUCAAGGACUUCCCUCCAAACUCAAGAAUGGACUCCUCUGCUUUCACCCAUUUUCCAAUCCCUCAAUUCACAUUUUCUACAACCCAUUACUCUGUUUUUUAUUCCCAGCUCCUCAAAAUCCAUUCUUUUUCUUCCCAUUUUCAAAAACCCAUUACUCGGAUUGAAGCUUUGAUUUCCGAAAAUGCCAUGGUUGAUCUCUACUGGUGCUGUCCGAAUUCCAGGAUUUUGCUGUAUCUGUUCUUCAUAACUGGUUAUUUUGAGCGGUUCAAGCCGUGGAGAUGAGUGGACUGAAGAUUCACAUUUACGCUAUUUUGCUUCUUUUAGCUCUAAAUUUAUUGGCUUGCGCUAUAUCUGAGGUUGAGGUUGAUUACAGUGACACAGAUAGCCAAGUCUUGCCUCCGGUUAUGACUCAGAUGAUUUAUAACCGCCUUUCGAAUCUCAGUACGGUGUUCAGUGAUGCUAUACUUGAUACUUCUGAUUUUUGCAUCAAGAAUGUAUUAGCUGAUUGGAAUGGGGCUUUUGAUUUUACUGGAAAAUUGGGGUUCUUAACAAAUUGUAUCAAGAAGACUAGAGGAGAUAUCACUCAUCGACUAUGUACAGCCGCAGAAAUAAGAUUCUAUUUCAUGAGUCUGUUUGAGAGGGCAGAAGCAGGGAAUUACUUGAAACCUAAUAAGAACUGCAACUUGUCCUCCUGGCUUUCUGGUUGCGAACCAGGAUGGGGAUGUAGUAUUGGCCCAAAUCAGAAAGUUGUUAUAGAGAAUAUUGUUGACAUACCUGCUAGAACUCAAGAUUGUCAACCUUGUUGUGAGGGAUUCUUCUGCCCCCAGGGUCUCACUUGCAUGAUACCUUGCCCACUAGGUUCCUACUGUCCACUUGCGAAACUUAAUAAAACAACUGGAGUUUGCGACCCAUAUAGUUACCAAAUGCCUCCGGGACAUCCAAAUCAUACCUGUGGUUCUGCAGAUAUCUGGUCUGAUGUCGGUACCUCUAGUGAAAUCUUCUGUCCUCCAGGAUCAUAUUGUCCAACUACCACAACCAAACUUCCUUGCAGUAGUGGGCAUUACUGCCUGACGGGUUCCACUUCUCAAAAAUCAUGCUUCAAGCUAACUACCUGUAAACCAAAUACCGCCAAUCAAAAUCUCCGUGCUUAUGGGGUUAUUCUUAUUGUAACCUUGACCACUCUGCUUCUCAUUAUUGUUAACUGCUCCGAUCAAGCUAUCUCUACACGAGAAAGAAAAGCAGCCAAAUCCAGAGAAGCUGCGGCAAGACAAGCAAGAGAAACUGCACAAGCACGCGAGAGGUGGAAAUCCGCAAAAGAUGGUGCCAAGAAACGUGCAUUUGGAUUGCAGCAACAAUUGUCGCGUACAUUUUCUCGUCAAAAAUCUAGAGCGCGAACGGAGCAGCUCAAGAGUGUGAAACACAGGUCAGACGAUGUGCUGUUACAUUCUGCUGGUAAUAAAGCAAAGAAGAAUGAACCAAGCAAUCUCACAAAAAUGAUGCAUGAUAUUGAGGAUGAUCCGAAUAAUCCUGAAGGGUUUAACUUAGAGAUUGGAGAUAAAAACGUAAAAAAACAUGCACCAAAGGGUAAACAAUUGCAUACGAACAGUCAGAUAUUUAAGUAUGCAUAUGGUCAACUUGAGAAGGAGAAAGCUAUGCAGGAGCACCAACAGAACUUGACCUUCUCAGGAAUAAUCUCAAUGGCUACAGAUACUGAUAUCAAGACAAGACCAGUGAUAGAAGUUGCCUUUAAAGAUUUAACUCUUACAUUGAAAGGAAAAAACAAACAUCUCCUUAGGUGCGUGACAGGAAAAAUCAUGCCAGGCAGAGUUUCUGCCGUCAUGGGUCCAUCAGGAGCUGGCAAGACAACAUUUCUCUCUGCUUUGGCUGGCAAAGCUACUGGAUGCACAAUGACAGGUUCAAUUCUUAUAAAUGGAAAAAAGGAAUCAAUGCACUCUUACAAAAAAAUAAUUGGUUUUGUGCCACAAGAUGACAUCGUUCAUGGCAACUUGACAGUCGAAGAAAAUCUACGAUUUAGUGCAAGAUGCAGAUUAUCCGCCAAUAUGCCGAAAGCUGACAAGGUUCUGGUUAUUGAAAGAGUUAUUGAGGCCUUGGGAUUACAGGCCAUAAGAGACUCAUUAGUUGGGACGGUAGAGAAGCGGGGAAUCUCCGGAGGCCAGAGAAAGCGAGUGAACGUUGGUCUUGAAAUGGUCAUGGAACCUUCACUGUUGAUUUUGGAUGAGCCCACAUCUGGUUUGGACAGUGCUUCUUCACAGUUACUUCUAAAGGCACUACGGCGUGAAGCUCUGGAAGGCGUAAAUAUCUGCAUGGUUGUGCAUCAGCCUAGCUAUACGUUGUUCAAGAUGUUUGAUGACUUGAUACUUCUAGCAAAAGGCGGUAUAACUGUGUAUCAUGGAUCGACUAAGAAAGUAGAAGAGUACUUUUCUGGCCUUGGUAUUGUUGUACCGGAGCAUGUUACUCCUCCGGAUCACUAUAUAGACAUUCUGGAGGGUAUAAUUAAACCAGAAUCAAAUGUGACUCAUGAACAGUUGCCGAUAAGAUGGAUGCUACAUAAUGGAUACCCUAUACCCCCAGAUAUGCUUCAUCUUUGUGAUGGACUUGGUUCAGGCUCAUCUGCUUCCAAUGCAGAAGAUGAUUCCUGUCCUGUAGAUACAGAAAGCUCUUUUGCUGGAGAUCUGUGGCAGGAUGUGAAGUGCACUGUUGAGUUACAAAAAGACUACAUACAGAACAAUUUUGAGAGGACUAAAGAUCUGUCCAACCGAAGAACUCCUGGUGUAAGCCGCCAGUAUCGGUAUUUCCUUGGCAGGGUUGGCAAGCAACGACUACGAGAAGCUAGACUACAAGCAGUUGAUUAUGUGAUUCUAUUAUUAGCAGGAGCCUGCUUAGGAACUCUCACUACAGUGGAUGAUGAAACAUUCGGGUCUACCGGCUAUACCUUCUCUGUUAUUGCUGUUUCAUUACUAUGCAAGAUUUCAGCGUUAAGAUCAUUUUCUCUGGACAAAUUACAUUACUGGAGAGAGAGUGCAUCCGGAAUAAGCAGUCUAGCUUAUUUUCUAUCAAGAGAUACACUUGACCUUUUCAAUACAUUAGUAAAACCUCUGGUUUACUUAUCCAUGUUCUAUUUCUUCAACAAUCCUAGGUCGAGUUUCACAGACAAUUACAUUGUAUUGAUUUGUCUCGUCUACUGUGUUACCGGCAUUGCUUAUAUAUUCGCCAUCUACUUGGAACCUACUCCUGCACAAUUGUGGUCGGUGCUUCUUCCUGUUGUCUUGACUCUCAUUGCAACUCAGGAGGAAGAAAGUGGAUUUGUUAACAAACUGGGAUACCUGUGCUACCCGAAAUGGGCUUUGGAAGCUUCCAUCAUCGCGAAUGCAGAAAGGUACUCCGGUGUCUGGCUGAUAACUCGGUGCCACUCAUUGGUAAAAAGCGGGUAUGAUCUUGGUCACUGGAAUCUUUGCUUGGAACUACUCAUUCUGACCGGCAUACUCAGCCGUUUUGUAGCAUACUUUCUGCUGGUUACCUUCCAAAAGAAAUGAGUAGGAAAGUGUUAACAUUUUCUUGAACCUUUUGACAUGUUUUGUUGUACAAAAGAUCAGAAAAACUAAAAAAAGACCUUGUUUAUCAUCUUCAUACUUGUAUAAAAUAUACAAACAACAGAGUACAGAUGGCUAACAAAUCAGAUUAGUCAGUGUAGAUCAGGUUUAAUGAUUCAAUUAGGUUGUAUAAUCAUUUUCUUGUUGUAUGAAUGUAAUGUAUUAGAGUAAAUGUUGCUAGAAACUCAUACAUUUCACCUCUAUUGGAGAAGGAUGAGGAAAUGUUUUUCAUGCUCAAA